ACGCGCUCCUCCCUGUUCCCACAGAGGAACACGGUUUCCCCAUCUCGCUUUGCCCUUCUUUAUGUCGUGACAUUUUGACAGUGAAAGAAGAAACAAAUAACGUUUUUUUGGGGUAUGCCAAGUGGUUAUAAAAAGUUUUUACGUGACCUUUUUUUUUUUUGUGGUCAUCAUGAAGACGUCGCCGCUGCGCGUCAUCGCCUCUUUGUGGACUUUUCUUCAAUUCAGCGCACUCAUAAAGGGCUCCCAUGUAGACUCUAUUGAUAAGAUAUGUGACCGAAAUGAAACAAUAUGUUUAAUGACAACAACAACAACAAUCACACUUGCCUCGCCUUCCAAUUGCUUCUUAUCCCUUGGGAACAUCUCUGGAAAUGAUUUGCUUACUGGGUUGACUCCUGGAGCCAUUUAUCAAGUCUUCCUCAACUGUUUCAACUGCUCUCAAAAGGUCACAAUGAAACCUCAAAAAGUCACCAAUCUUGAAGUCAACCAUGUCACAACAUCCUCGAUAACGGUGAGCUGGACCAAACCAGAAGGAAACUACUCUUUCUACAGGGUAAAAUGGACUGAUGGAAAAAUCGUCCAAAAAGAAAAUGUGACUGUAACAUCAAAAAUCAUGACUGGCUUGUCUGCUGGGACCAUGUACAAUGUCAGUGUAACUACACUGGCAGAUGAUGGAAUGACUGAAGGCGAUAGUGAAACUGUGUCUCUGUACACAAUACCAGGUAUCAUUCGUGAACCCUCUGCUUCCACAAACACAUCCGCAAUAUCUCUGAAAUGGAAACCACCUGAUGGUGAGGUUUUUGUAUAUCGGGUGGAAUGGCACAACGAAGGAGCGCAGCUCAUCGAAUACACAAAUGAUAACUUUGCUGUGCUAUCAGACUUAGUCUCUGGUACAUCAUAUCCAGUCACAAUUGUUUGCAUUGCUGGAGACAACCAAACCGAGGGAGAACCCUACAAAUUUGCCGAAGUCACAAGGCCCGAGAGGCCUGAAAAUAUAAUGGCCACCGCAGGAAAUGACAACCUAAAAAUUGAGUGGACCUUACAAAAAGGCAAAGCUGAUUUCUAUGAGGUGAACAUUUCCAAUGCAGAUCUGUUCUAUUCCUCCAGCAACAAAACAAUAGUCACCACAGCCCAUUUUCAUGAUUUGUAUCCCGGGAGAGUUUUUCUCAUCACAGUCACUGCUGUCGCUGGACACCUAAGCAGCACGUCCAACAACUUCACAUUUGCUACCAUUCCGACACCACCUGGUUCCCUUUAUAUCACUCAAAGGACAACUACUUCACUUCACCUUCGAUGGGAGACUCCCACCAAGAUGCAGGAUGCUCCCUUCAUCAGUUACCACAUCACCUAUCAAAAACCAGGUGGUAAAAUGCAAACCACUACCACCACCAAUAACAGCACGGUGCUGUCACAGCUCUCUUCUGGAACAGAAUACAAUAUAUCCGUGUACACAAUUGGACCCCAGAAUCUGAUGAGCCCUGCCGUCCAAAAAUCAGCAUACACCUUGCCCAACCCUGUGUUAAACCUUGUGGCCAGUCCGAUCAAUACAACCUCAAUUAAUGUGGCAUGGUCCUUCCCGCAUGGCGUGCAGACAUAUUUCUCCUAUUUGGUUCAAACCAGGAACUCUACAGGAGCACUUGUAAAUGAACAAACAGUCAGUGAUAACAUGUCUGAUGUACAUGACCUGGAACCGGGAACUAAGUACAGUGUUAGCGUCACUACGUUAGCAGCAGCAGAAAGUGAAUCCACAGAAGAGCAGACAUUCACUUACACAAUGCCUAGAGCUGUGACUGAACUCAAAGUUAAGGAUUAUAACACAACAGCCAUCCAGUUGACAUGGUUCAGCUCAAGUGACUACAAGGACACCUACAGCUAUCUGCUAAUUGCAUUCAAGGACAACACAAUGGUUCAGCAUGGGACAACUAAAACACAAAUGUACACCUUCUACAAUCUGAUCCCUGGAACUCUUUACAGUUUUGAGGUGUUCACAGUUGUAGAGGGGCUGAAUUCUACAUUGGAACACACAUCACAAUACACAAAACCUGGUGUAGUUUCAAACAUCAGAGCCAUCGGGACAACGACUAAUAUGUCAGUUUUCUGGAGUGCUCCAAUGGGCCGUGUGGAUUCCUACACUGUCCUGUUGAACAAAGACUCAGAAUGUGAAUAUUCGAAGGAGAAUCUGACCAAAUCAACUCUCAGCACAUUAUUUCAGAACCUGGAGCCAGGGGUGCUUUAUUGUGUGGUGGUGAUAAGCAAAAGUGGACCUUUACAGAGUGACAAUUCAACCUACUGCAAUGCUACUUUUCCAAAUCCUCCUGGACCCAUAAGUGUUGAGUUGCAGACUGUCAGCUCCAUUAAUUUCACCUGGGGCCACCCAGAUGAUAUGGAUCAAAAUCAAUACAAAUUCAGUGUCAAUGGCCACUCCAUGACAGAAAACAACUGGUUUCUUUUGAACAAUCUCACUUCUGGAAGCCCAUACUCCAUUUCUGUUGCAACUCUUGGUGUGAUGGGUUAUAAAAGCACAGAGGUCAUGGCAAAUAAUUAUACAAGACCAUAUUCCGUGACCAUGUUGAAAGCGGCAGAAAUUACGACAAAUGCCGUCAUGUUGGUUUGGGAGCAACCAGAAAAUAAGCUUAACUACUCCUACCUGGUGCGGGUCACCAAUGGAUCGUUUCCACCCUCUGAAGUGGUCUCCAGAAACUUGUCCGCCGUUAUUUCUGGUCUUUUCUCCGGCUACAACUACACUUUCACUGUCUUCACCCAAGCAGCAGAUGGCACUCAGGCAUUUCCUCGGAUCAACUCCUUCUUUACACGACCACAUACGAUUAAUGAACUGGAGGCGCACACCAUAAACUCAACUGCAAUACAACUGCUUUGGGUGGAACCGUUAGAACACCGGCUCGAGUACACCUAUCGGGUAGAGACAACUGGCUGUAGCUUCCAAAACAAAACUGUGACAACGCAAGGUGCAGUGAUCUCGGAGCUCAAUCCUGGAACACGCUGCACUUUCUGUGUGUUUGUCCAAGCAGGGGAUGGCAUAGAAGGGAAAAAACGCUGCAUUCCUCAGUACACAAUGCCAGAGGCAGUACAACUUGGAAUCUCCAGUCAAGGUUCAAACAUGUCAGUCCUGGUGUCAUGGAUUAUUCCAGCAGGGAAUGUACAGCUGUAUAGUGUUCACCUGAACAGCUCUUCUAUAGCUCAGUCACAAACAGUAGCGUCGAGCAACAACUCGUUGCUUUUCAAGGGGUUGUCUGCUGGAAGGCUGUACAGCGCCAGGGUGAUAUCCCAUAGUGGACCAUUCAACGUGUCAUCUGAGUUUGUUACAAAUGCUACCUUUCCAAACCCACCUGGGCCUAUUGAGAUCAUCACUAAGUCCACAACCUCAAUAGAAGCAAGGUGGACAGACGCUCCCCAGAUGAAUGGUACAUCAUUCUUCUACCAGCUCACAAUUGCACCGCCUGAGGGAAGUGGACUCAUCAAUACCACCGACAUUAGUCAUACUUUUGAGACCUUGCUCUCUGGGACCCCCUACAACAUUUCCAUAGCAACAAUCGGGGUCUUGGGUUUUAGGAGCGAUGUGAUUCACGCCUAUUUGGUCACCACAAAACCCUUGCAUGUGAAGUCUCUCAACACUUCUACAGAGGAGGAAAACAUCACAGUCACGUGGGUUCAACCUGAUGAAUACAAGGAAAGCUAUCUUUACGAUUUGACCUGGCAAAGCGCAGACUGGUUUUUCAAUGGCAGUGCUGUGACUAACCAAACAAUGCAUACUAUCAAAAACCUGGUCCCUGGCAGUAGGUAUAACUUUUCUGUCAUCACUGAGACGCAGGAUGGAACACAGGGUGCUCCCAGAAGGAUUUCUGCCUGCACAGAUGCAAGCCCGGUGAGAAAUGCAACAUGUGAAGGUCCAGACAAUCCAAAGGCAGAAAUUGUUUUGACCUGGACUGAGCCCAGAGGCCAAUUUCGUGAUUUUCGCAUCACUAUGAAUAAUACGAAAAUAAUGACUGGGCCGAGAACCUGUAACCAAAGCUGUAGCCAGACCAUCUCCAACCUAAGUCACUACACUUCAUACAACAUCAUGAUGGAGACACUGAGCUGUGGACAACCUGCGACUCCAGUGUCUCUCUACUGCAGGACUGGCAUCACAGACCCACCAAUUCCAGAAAACUACGAGUCACUGGCUAGUGUGAACGAGAAAGUAUACAACAGAUUCACCAUUCAGAUCAAUUCCAGCCUGAUAGCUGACACCAGUGGGCCAGUCACUAAUUUUGGUGUGCUGGUGACUGAAAAUAUAAAAGAAUUUGACACGGCUAAUAUGAGUCAGUACUUGGGGAAAACAUAUCAACAGUGGAUUGACAACCAGUCUCCGGUAUAUCUGGCAACCGUCAAGGAGAGAAACGCUCGAUCACGCAGUCAAGAGAACAUGUUGUCUGUCGAGAUUGGAGAUGGUUCGCAGUGGAAGGGCUACACCAAUGGAGCCCUUCGCGGCAAUCGAAGAUAUCAGUUUGCCAUUGUGUUGUUCACUAGAUUAUGUCUGCAAGACCACCUAAUCAAGGUUGGGUCAGACGCAUCCAAGGCCUCAAUCACAAAUUUCUAUCCAAUGAUAAAACUCCCACAGGACCCAGUCGUCAUCACCGUUGCUGUCGGAGCAACAUUGGGGAUUUUCAGCAUUCUUUUCAUCAUUCUUAUUGGCUUCAUUGUUUACUGGAAAAGGUUAAACAAAAAAGAAUCCUCCGACAUCCAGAUUCAUUCCUUGAGAGCCAAAGUAAGUGCCGCAGUCAGUGUGGAGGACUACGACGCUUACUACAAAAAGCAGAAAGCGGACUCUAAUUGUGGCUUUGCAGAGGAGUUUGAGGACCUAAGGCUGGUUGGUACAUCUCAGUCAAAAGCAUGUGCCCUGAUUCAAGAGAACAAGGCCAAGAAUCGCUACAACAACGUACUUCCCUAUGAUUCUUCUAGAGUGAAACUCUCUAUCAUUCAUGGAAGUCCUUAUGAUGACUACAUCAAUGCUAACUACAUGCCGGGUUACAACUCCAAAAAGGAAUUUAUUGCAGCUCAGGGUCCUUUGGCCAGCACUGUCAAGGAUUUUUGGAGGAUGAUAUGGGAGAAGAAUGUGUACACCCUGGUCAUGCUUACACGCUGUAAUGAGCAAGGCAGAAUCAAAUGUGAGCAGUACUGGCAUUCAAGCACCAAGCACUUUGAAUACAUCCGUGUAACAACAACUUCUGAGAUACCACUUGAUGACUGGACCAUUAGGGACUUCGAAAUUAAAAAUGUGAAAACAGCAGAGACUCGUUCAGUUCGCCAAUUCCACUUCACAGCCUGGCCCGACCACGGGGUGCCGGAAACCACUGAGCUUCUAAUUAGCUUCAGACACCUGGUCAGAGAACACAUGGACCAAUAUUCCACCAACUCCCCCACUGUGGUCCACUGCAGUGCUGGGGUGGGGCGGACUGGCACCUUCAUAGCCAUUGAUCGCCUCAUUUUCCAAAUUGAAAGGGAAAAUGUGGUGGAUGUGUAUGGCGUCGUCCAUGACUUGCGCAUGCACCGCCCACUCAUGGUGCAGACAGAGGACCAGUAUGUGAUUUUAAACCAAUGUGCAAUGGAUAUAAUCCGAUCAAGGACUGGAACUAAUGUGGAUCUUAUCUACCAAAACACCGCUGCACUCUCCAUUUAUGAGAAUGUGCAACCCAGAAAAGAUUAUUAUAAACAUGGGAACCACAAUACAUAAAGCCAUACUUUUUUCUUAAACACCAUUUGUCACGUUCUUGUUUUGGAAUCUUCUUGUUCUCUGAAUCGAAAACUUGUAAUAUUUUACAAUGUAAAUUGUUCACUAACUAUUAAACUGGUCUGGUAGUUUCCUACAACAUAUUUGAAUCAUGUAGCCGUCUAUUGAAAUUAUGUUGGUUACUACUGUAUAUGACUGCUCAGGUUUAUGGCUGUUAUUAUUAGUGACACUUUUAAAGUGGAAAGAGAACGUGUCUUGAAUUGAAUUAUUGGUCUUGUGCCUCCCCACUGUGAUUUGAAACCAGCAGAUGGCACUCAAGUGACACCACAUUGAAACAGCGCUUUUAAUAGAAUUGAAUAAUAUGAGAGGUUAUUAUGGUUUUGUACAUCCUAUGUUACUUUCAACUGUGCAAUGAGUACUUAUUUUCUGUUAUUUAGUUUGUUUUUGUUAUAUGUACAUAUGAUGGUGUUUGUGAGUUUUUUUUUGUUUGUUUUUUUUUCACUGAUGUGAACAAUGCACUGGAUGCAUUUAUGUUUCUCAUUUUGAAAGUAAAGAGGCAGUUUUUAUCAGAUGUAUGAUUUGGCCAGUUUGGAACAGUCAUGGGGGUUGGGGGGGAGUCUCGACUUUAGUUUACGGUGGUAUUAUUUGCUAUGCUAUGCUUGCUGGUACAAUGCAGAACUGUAAAUGACCCACAUUUAUGAUUCGGGUGAUGUGUAAAGCAAAAUGGGGAUGUAUGUUAUUACCUUACACUUCUUGCUUGCUUUUAUGAAUGCCACCAGAGGGGCUCUCAGUUAUUCGUGUUGUUUGAAAUAAUGUGCACGUUAAUGCAAAAACAUUGGCCCCCGACUCAAAUAAAUGGUGUAUACACAA